UUCUACGAGCCUUAUGGAUAUCAUGAAAGUGAAAUUGUAAUUUAUUUAAAUCUGAUUAAACUUAUCAAUAACAUUGGGUUUAGUGAAAGUAAUUUAUACCGGUUUGGAAGAAGUCAUCAACCAUGUCGGAGGGCCGGAAAAAUCAUCUGUCUAUAGACGGAGGACAAGUGAAAGAAGACGAUCAUGUUGCCUCAUACAAGCCAUUACCAGAUAAUGAUGGAGAGUUCCGUACAUCCAAAGCCAGUCUCCACAAGUCUAAGGAGAAAGUAUCCGGCGACGGUGCUGAGGAGAAGCUUCUGGCGAAGGAGGAGGAAGCCAAGAUCGUGACGAGGGUCGACAUGGCAGACGCCAAGUACGUGGUGGAGGACCACAGGAAUGGAGACGCGAAGAUUGAACUGGAUGCCAAUAAACGCCAAUUCACCGGGCUGACCAAGGAGGAGCUGAUGAAGUACGCAGAGGACCCGUUCUGGAUCCGCCUGCGUUGGUUCAUGUUCAUACUGUUCUGGGCCAUGUGGCUGUGCAUGCUGGCCGGAGCUAUCGCGAUCAUUGUACAGGCGCCCAAGUGUGCACCGCCGCCGCCAAGGACUUGGUACGAAAAAGGCCCGAUAGUAGACGUUUCAUCAGUAGAGGACUAUACCACAAUAGAGCCAAACCUGGAGCUGCUCAAAGACGCGCAAGUGGCCGGAGUGUUCGCAUCCUCCUGUAAGGAUGCGUAUGAAGUACUGGAUAAUGAAAAUGCCAGCUGUUUGAAGCAGUUUAAAGACUUCGUGGCCAAGGCCAAGUCUUAUGGCGUUAAAGUGAUAGUGGACCUGACAGCAAACUUCGUGCCCCUAUCGCAUAAAUGGUUCCAACUGAGCGAGAACCGUUCAGAAGAAUACAAGGACUACUUCAUUUGGCAGUCAAGCAAGGAAUAUGAUGCGGAUGAGCCUAGUGGUACACCAAAACCACCUAAUGCUUGGGUAUCAACAGAAAAUGAGCCGGCAUGGUCCUGGAGCGAAAAACGCAAGGAGUUCUACCUGCAUCUGUAUGGAGCCGACCAGCCGCAGCUUAACUUUAACAACCCCGCAGUUGUCAACAAGUUUGAUGACGUGCUCAAGAUCUGGAUGAAAGCUGGAGCUGAUGGUAUUAGGUUGCAGAAAGCCCGCGAGCUGGUGGUGAACGUGACCCUGGCCCCGGAAGUGCCGCACACGGGCAGCGGCAGCCAGCCCGCCGCAGACCACACGCAGCACGCGUUCUGGCGCCACAAGCACACCACCGACCAGCCCGCGCUCGACGAGCUGCUGGCGCACUGGGCGCACCUCGUGCGGGGCCUCGCCGCAGAUGAGUCAGUAUUCACAAUCGCGGAAGCUGGCGGUCGCCCGGAGCUGUACCUACUAGCCCGCAACACGAGCUCACUGCGGCCGGCCGCUUCCGCGCCAAUACCCGUGGAACCUGCUGCUACAGCUGCAGCACAGUUGAGGGAACGCUUGCCGAGGUGGCCACUCGUACAGCUAACAUCAGAAGAACCAAGUCUAGAGCUGGCCGCUUUCAGCAUGCUGCUCCCAGCUGCACCUGUGCUGUCGUUGGAACAGCUCACCGCACCGGAAUUCAAUUCUACUGCUGCGGAGUUACUAUCCCAGUUGAGCACACUACGCGGUGACGCGAGCAUAGAGCACGGCCGCUACGUGAUCGAAGCGGCGCCCACGCACAACAACACGGGCGAAGUGCUCGCGUGUGCUAGAUGGAAGGCGGGUCACACGGGCUACGUGUCGGUGCACAACGCGGGCGUGUCGGCGCGUGCAAACCUCACCUCGCUCGCGUCGCUGCCCGAACAACUCUCUGUGCAUUUAUUGUCGCCUGGUACUAAAGAGGCUUCGGGCUACAACAAUGCUGAAAUAGUGCCCACAGGCGACGUUCUAAUACCAGAGAAGUCUACAAUCAUCUUCUCGUACGUGCCACAGACUACGGCAGAACAUUAGAAGAGAAGAAAAGAGUUAGAAGACGCUUUGCCGCUCUAUAUUGCGGUUGAAUGAUUUGCAUUUCUUUUUUAUUUGAACGUGAUUAAAGUUGUCUGCAAUGUA